GGCAUUUUAUGUAAGGGCCAUUACGAAUUCGAGCUUUAUUUAGCUGUUACAUCAAUUUUGUGUAAGGGUAACUUUGUUGUAAGAGAAGGGAAUGUGUUUGAAGAAAUUGGAGUUGAUGAAAGUGUUGGUGUUUUGGAGGGAAAUGAAAGAAAUGUGUUAGAGAAAAAUGAAGUGAUUGUGUUGGAGGAUAGUGAAGAGGAAAAUGAGGAAACAUUAAUAUCCGCGGCUGAUGAAGUACCCACAGCAUAUGAAGGG